GUGUCCCUCAGUCUGACCGAGUCAUUUUCUUUUUCUCACAAACUGCUGCCCAAGGAUGGACCUCCUGUCACGAUCGAAGCAAAGAACCCGCCGUCUCGCCUAUCCGGUCCAUUGUUGCCUUCGGUCCUCCCUAUUUGCCACCACGUCGCGGAGAAUUUACAAGCGCUACGCCAGGAUUGGCGAGACGCGGCCACUUGUCUGGUACGAGGCGGAAACGACCGUCACCCUGACACUCCCGUGCCCUCUCGGCUCCCUCAACCUUGAAUAAUGCCAACGGGGGGGAGGGCUUCACAUGUGUUUGUUCUGGCCUCUGGAGGCAACCAUGCCACUCCGUGAAGGUGGUCUCGUUUCUCCCGUUCGAGUCAAAUUCGGUUGCGGAUUUGAACACUGAUCAAACCCAAUGGGCCCAACGCGAGUGCCAGAAAAAGAAUGCGCCGAACGACAUAUUGUACUGUACAAUCCCGGCGACUCCCGCGUAGUACUCCGUCCUUGCAGGUUGCGACUCGGGGGUCUAGCGACACCUUGCUCAGCAAAUCACCACGAGUCACACUGCGCCUCCAUCGGUGCCCGUGUGAGAGCAGACAACGUGUUGAACCGAAGAGGGCAUUCCCAUUCCUCCACACACUCUUCUUUGUCUUUUGUACAUGUGGAGUGAUUUUUGUUGAUACUGCCGGCCGUUUGUCUUUCUUGCACACCACGACCAGUUGCUGUAACCCUCUGUUGAUUUGUUUUUGCUAUGAGCCUGGAAAGAUGCUUAUCCUUCGACGGCUUUCGUUUCGAUUUAGUGCUCAUCAAGAUUUCUAUUAAACAUUAAUUCCCCUAACCUACCCGCGGUCAUCAUUGCAAUUGCGACCAUCUAACAAUUUUGUUUACCCUUCCGAAACAUCUACACAUCUGAAUCUCUUUUCGGCUUCUUUUGGCCCACAACAGAUCCAAGUCAUGCCACGACAUUAUCUGGUCGGGUCGAGAACUACCAAAGACUCUUGCACCUCCUCCAGCUCCGUAUCGACCUGUAGCCAAGUCUCUGAUCUAUCAGGCCGGUCGAGUCGAACCCAAUAUACCAGCAAUACAUCAUACAGCUAUACAAAGCCUACGACCAAACAUGGCGAAUCUUGCGAAGAACACGAGGGUGCCGACACCGCAUCUGUCUUUGAACGGCAAGACACUGUCGCCGAUCCUCGAUCAUCCACAGAGACCUAUGCUUCCACCAUUGCAUCAGAGAAAGAAUCAGACUCGUUAAAGGGCCCGUGCUUAUUACCCCUUACCAGACACAUCUGCUAUCAGCCCGAUGCCAUUGCUUGCACCCCGAACGAUUUUGCAGAAUUGUUCCCUUCGACGAGAAGGAUAUUGAUCCAGCACGACGACACCAGCCCCGAUGGAAACCUCAAUCUCCGGGCAGACACUGAAGUCACUCUCUCAAAAGGUCACAAGACGAAGCUGACACUGUUCCACCUACGCAUGUAUGACCUCGGAGAUCGUCAGUUCUCGCUUCGUCGGUACCAAAGGCAGUCGGGACGGGAAGUCUGCAGUACCAAAAGGAAAUAUCUGAAACCGGUCGCCGAACCGUCAACGACAUCCAAGAGGCAUCCAUUGGCAACAGCCUUUCGCAAAAUGUCCUUUAGAGCUCAAAAGCCUCGACCGAAAUCCUCUCACGAGGUGGAAGAAGACGGAUCAGAUGACGACUUCGAACUCUUUGCCGCCCAAGCAGAGGUGGAAGCGACAGUGCCCACCGACGCCAUCAGAAUCGAGUUCUCGAACUAUGCCCAAGUGGAGUUGAAUCGGAGCGGCAGAGGAGACGGCAAGCUUUACGAUUUCGAGUAUUGGGGCGAGCAAUAUACAUGGAGAAAAAACGCGUACCAAGAUGGCAUCGAAUCGGUCUUCUCGUUCGAGAUGGUCAACCAGAGUACGGGAGCUUGUAUUGCACACAUUACCCCUGACAGAUUAUCGUCGAAACAGGUUCGGAAAGAAGCUGCCCAGGGAGGCUGGGUGCCACCCUGCAGUAUGCGUAUUCUUGAGAAACACGUUUCCAGCGAUCUCGGAGACGUGCUCAUUGCAACUGGUUUGAUUGUGCUCACCGAUGACUGUAUCAGAAACCACUGGCAUUGAGGCUCACCGCCCCUGAUCAACAGCAAAGGGUACAUCGGAUCUGAAUUUUUUUGUCCUUCCAGCUGAGAUGGAUCAGGAAUAGUUUUCCUCUUGAGUGGUGUUUCACCAACCACAAGAGUGGCGGUGUGAGUUGCAUCUGAAUAAGGGCUAUGGAACGACUUGUGUGUCGGCAAAGGCUUGAGGUAUCGCAUUGUCGACAGGGACCUUUCAUUCUUGUACAUUACAUAUUUUGACGAAUUCCGAAGAUGAUGGAUCGGAUAACUGCAUGAGCACAUACUGUAUGAUUUCGGUGCCGAGGGGAUAAUAGUGGUCCGAUCAGGAAAAGAACAUAUCGAUUCGACCUACAUAAUUUCUGGGCAAUAAGCAUCAUUUGUGGCCAGCAUCGUACCAUGCCACUGCUCUGUCUCUCUGUUGGCCUCUUGCCGUCGACUUGCAACUUCUUCACCGCCUCCACUAGUAGAUGGCAAGGCGCUGGCAGCGUACUGCGGUGGAAGGAGGCGUGAUACCUAUCAUUUUUUCACGGCAUCGCGUGGCAACAAUAAAUCCGGUGUCAGUGCUUUUUAUGGGCAUGCAAAACGAGAUACAGGUCAUGGCAGGAGGAGAACAUCAAGCGAAGAAUCUGUCCGGCCAACACGGAUAACACGAUACAGCAACGAGUACGGAGGACAGGUGUGCACUGAUGAGAGGGAUCGGAGCACCAGCCUUAAUGAACUGACACUAUACUGUUUGUAGACUAGCUAUCUUGGCAGGCGACUACUUGUAAAAGUCGCAAGUUUGCCGGCGGCUGAUCGCGGGUGGGUUGGGAUGUUUUAUUUUACUCCCCCUCCCAGACUCUGUAAGACCAACAAAGCAAAGGAUACCUAAGAAGCCAGAACAUUGAC